AGACGGCCGGCCCCCUCCAAGGACUACUGCUGUCAGAGCAUUUACGGCCGUGCCGCCGUAAAGCGCUGGAGUGUGGCAGUCUGAACAACCUGUCUUCGGGACCCCAGACCUGCUGGUGGUGAAAAUAAUUCAGUCCAAAAGAUGUUAGAUGGCUUUAAGCAAUGGCGGCAGCAGCCAGAGAAGGGACAGAACGAAGGGCUAGGAUCCCUUAAGAAUUCAAAACAAGGGACACAGGUCUCAGGUAUGUCAUGUAUAAAAGUGGAUUAAUUCCAUAUAAGUGAAAAUGGCCAAUUCUUUACGAGAAGUACUGACUCUUUAUAAAAAUCUGCUGUAUCUUGGACGGGACUAUCCAAAAGGAGCAGACUAUUUUAAAAGGCGUUUGAAGAAUGUUUUCCUUAAAAACAAGGAUGUGAAGGACCCAGAGAAGAUCAAAGAACUCAUUGCACGAGGAGAAUUUGUAAUGAAGGAGCUAGAGGCCUUAUAUUUCCUUAGGAAAUACAGAGCUAUGAAGCAACGUUACUAUUCAGAUACCAAAAACUGACCAAUCACUGCCACCAGCCUAGCUGACAAUCAGUGCCAGCUGUUUGCCUGUACCAAUUAUUAUACAAUAAUUCAGUUUAAAAGGGCAAGAUACAUUUUUUUUUAAAAGUUUCCCUAUUGUACUAAUAUAGGUUUCAACCCUAUUGAUACUGAGAGCUUUGCCCAUAAUCCCUUUAUUAUUGAAAUAGUAACGUUAGCACCUUUCAGGAGAAUACAAUUUUGAAAGAAAAUACAUCUAAUUUUUUAACAUAUUAUAACCAAGUAUUCUAUUUCUUCAUUUACUGAUGAGAUCGUCAUUAGCAAAUGGUGUCUGACAGGCCUGCCUGCCCUUUAGUUUGUGGAGUGUCUUUGUUUUUGGUUUUGUUACUCCAUCUAGUAUACUGAAGUGCAUUUUCAAGGCUCUCUACAGACACCUCAAAAUGAUUUGAAUGCAGUUACCAAAAUGAGACAUGUGAAGGUGGCUUCAAUCUUGAGCUGCCAAGCAGAAGACUAGCAUUAUGUAGUUAUUAUUCCCAUUACCCUUUGUGCUGCUGGCCUGCCUUAGGUUCCUAAUCCGCUUCAACUGGCCUCCAUGUGGAGUGGUAAUGCUCCUCUAUCUGUGCCAUUAAAGCUGGUGCAUUCUGUGCAGUGGUUAAGAGCACUGACUGCUCUUCCAGAGGUCCCGAGUUCAAUUCUCAGCAACCACAUGGUGACUCACAACCGUCUGUAAUGGGAUCUGAUGUCCUCUUCUUCUGGUGUGUCUGAAAACAGCUACAGUGUACUCAUAUAAAUAAAAUACAAAAAUAAACCUUAAAAUCUUAAAGGAUUCUGUAUCAACUACCAUACAGACAUUUCAACUUUCCAUCAAGAAAUACCUAUUGUCAGGAUGGAGUUCAGCAUGAAGGACUUGCCUAACAAACAUGUGAAGCUCUAAAUCUGAGCUUUAACCACAAUUAAAACUACAUAAUUACACACUUCAUAGUCACCAUAACUAUUUUUAUUACAUUACAAUGAUUAGGAGCAGUACGGUUCAUGACAAAAAUAUUACAAAUUUCAGAUCACUUCACAGCACGUACUCCUAUAAACAUUUAAAAGUUAAUUUUAAUUAAGAGUGGUCACUUUUAAGUUUAAUGUUUGAUAUGACCAACAUUCCCUAGGUCAGAGCAACCAAAGGAUGGAAAACAACUGGAUCACACUGCAUAUGUCCCAAAACAAACAAACAAACAAACAAACAAAACAAGAAAGAAAAGGAAUGGAAGGAAGGAAGGAAAGCACAAUGUACAAAAUGUGCAUGUUUACACUAUACAAAAAUAGUUAACAUACAUUCCAGGUAAACAUGUUACAUUAAGAAAUAGCACUAGUAAGAAAUUGGCACUCAAAUAAAAAUGCAGAAGUGUUUUCAACAUUGAAGACAUGAGACAGUGGAAUUGGGGGACCAGGAGAUAAAACAGCACAUAGCCCACUCAGCUGGCUGGAGUUGAGUCUGAAACUGGCAUUUCUGUAGAACUUCAUUUUUCCCAGAUUCAUCUAAAAUGCCUACCACCAUCCCAAACAGGCACUUCAAACUAUUGAACUAAACCACAAAUCUGAAUCUAAUUAAUAACUAUUCUUUGAAAACUAAUGUACUUCUUUAGAAAUAAAUUUUCAUGUUUUGACAAUUUACAGCUAUUGGGUAUAUCUGUUCAAUUUUUCAAUGCAGAAUUCAUGCUACGCAGUAUUACACAGAAGUUCUUAAGUAUAAAUUCACCUUUAAAUAACUUUUGGGUUUUAAAAAAAUGACUACACAAUUAUCAAGAAAUCACUACUUUCAACAAAUGGAAAUCAGUUAAAUUUUUAUUGCCUACAAAAAAAUCCCUUCAUAUAUAUGUAUACACACACAUAUAUGUAUACACACACAUAUAUAUGUAUACACACGUAUAUAUGCUAUAUGUACGCACACACAUAUAUGUAUAUAUUAUUGUUUGGGGAAAAUGAAAAAUUUAGUGGGAUACAAAAUGAGAUGAAUUUGUGCAAACUGUUCCUGACAUGCCUCACAGAACUUGUAUGUAUGUUAGGACGAAAUUGUGCAAUGGUGGCAAAGGUCUUGAUAACCUAUAAAAGUUAGGAUCUAAAUUCCUAUGCAGUGUGACUCAGUCAGUAGAGCCUAGAAUUCCCUAAUGAAAAUAUUUACUCAAAUUGUAUUUGCCUGCUAUAGUCUUCCCACAAACAUGUUAAUGCCUAUGACUGUAACUUAGCAUUGGUUUUCAACUUCAACAAGGACUUUAAGGCUGCAGUAAUUAGGUAACAUGAUUGUUUCUAGGCUUCUUUCCCUUUUAAUAAAAAACAGCAACAACAACAACAAAAACAAACAAAAAAC